ACAGGAAGUUUUAUAUAUUUACUUAGCAGGGACUCUAGGAAGUAGCUAGCAAGCCAAAUAGCUUGCCAUAUAGCCUGUCGGACGAGCUGUCAACGCAGAAAAAGUUUGGAUGAAACAUUUAACUGAUCUCUAAAACUGCCAAAUAAUACGGAAUACAAAGAUUCUGACAGAGGACGUGUUCCCGGUUCCGCCCUGCUGUAGCCCAGGUGUCCAGGCCGGCAGGAGGCAGGAUGAGCACACUGACCUACCGGAACCGUCGGUCCGAGGCCCCGCCGGUGAGGCGAGAGGAGGAGGACAGCGACGUGGGCCGGGGGGACGUCCCGGAGGAGGACCAGGACGACUCCAAGGACAUCCGCCUCACCCUCAUGGAGGAGAUCCUGCUCCUCGGCCUGAAAGAUAAGGAGGGCUACACGUCCUUCUGGAACGACUGCAUCUCCUCUGGGCUUCGCGGCUGCAUCCUGAUCGAACUGGCCCUCCGGGGCCGCGUCUACCUGGAGCCCGCCACCAUGAGGAAGAAGGGUCUCCUGGACCGCAGGGUGCUGGUGAAGUCCACCGCCCCCACCGGAGACGUCCUCCUGGACGAGGCGCUGAAGCACAUGAAAGCCACGGAGCCGCCGGAGUCGGUGCAGAGCUGGAUCGACCUCCUCACAGGGGAGACGUGGAACCCCAUGAAGCUGCACUACCAGCUGCGGAACGUGCGGGAGCGCCUGGCCAAGAACCUGGUGGAGAAGGGCAUCCUGACCACGGAGAAGCAGAACUUCCUGCUGUUCGACAUGACCACGCACCCGGUGACCAACACCACGGAGAAGCAGCGGCUGGUGCGCCGCGUGCAGGAGAGCCUGCUGGAGCGCUGGACCAACGAGGCGCGCCGCAUGGACCGCCGCGCCCUGGCGCUGCUGGUGGUGGCGCACGCCUCCGACGUGCUGGAGGGGGCGCUCACGCAGCUGCCCGACGACCGCUACGAGGUGGCGUCCGGCCGCUCGCGCGCGCUGCUGGACAGCGACCCCGACGUGGAGAGCAGGAAGCCGCAGGCCUGCGAGAUGAUCUGGGCCGUCCUGGCAGCGUUCAACAAGGCCUGAGACCCCCCCCGCCCCC